GCGAUCACUGCGCGUCUUGUUAUGUAUGUAAGCUGUGGACUUGUUACGCAUAAGUAGCCUACAUUUAAAAGGCGUUGGGCAAUGUCCUGAUGUAAUGCAUGUUGACAGCUAAACCUAACUGAACUUCACUCCCUCACCCUCCCAUUUCCCCUACCACCACCACUACCUCCUCCUCCUCCUUCAGCCUCAUAUCAUGCAAUCAGCCCGACUUGAGCUGGUUCCCUUAAACAAAGAGCAUUUACCCGGUUACUUUUCAGUCCGAUCCGAUCGGGAAGUUGAGAUAUGGAACUCCCCUCAGCCAAUCACCUCAGUUGAAGAUGCAGAACGAGAGAUGUUAAAAGAUUUGGAGCAACCCAACCGCGAAACAUGGGCAAUUCUCCUCCGCGAUGACCUUAAUCCCAAGAUAAUUGAUGAGUGGCAAUGUCCAGAAGCCAAAGAUGAGAGCAAUGUUCUCGUGCCUGGAGGGUUCGUCGGCUAUAUAGGUGUCUAUGAUCUUCAUCACGUGGCCCAAGUCUUCUAUACUAUUCAUCGAUCUGCAUGGGGGCUCGGAAUUGCAACUGAAGCACUACUGGCGUUCACGGAGUUGUUCUGGAUACUCCACCCCGACCACUAUCGAUUGCUAGGACGUUGUGACACUGAGAAUCCGGCUUCGGGGAGGGUAAUGGAGAAGUCUGGGUUUGAAUACUAUGAUUUUAUAUGUGCAGAUGAGUUUCAGCCGUGGAUGGUACCUCAUACUCGAGAUAGUCUGCGUUUUGUACUGGCUAAACCGGGCUAUACCUUCGACUAGAUCGCUAUUGCCGUAAGGCUGUGGUGGGAGUUAGGUUCGAGCGCAUAUUCAUUGAGUGCAAAUUGAUCUCCGGAACCAAUGAUUGAUUUCCAUAUGGAAGUGGAAUUCUCUGGAUGGGUGUCGGUAUCCGCUUCUAUGGAAACCUCUGGAGUCACUCUUUGGCUAUGAUCUACUUACGUGAGCUGGAUACUAUCUUUUGUAUUCAUGCAUUAUUAUGCUACAUGGGGUCAAUGUUUUUCAUAUUUAGUGAUUCCUAGUAAGCCAUGGUCAAGAAAAUAACAUAUUAUCUGUGCAUACAGUGGACUUUGGCGAUCUCUCCCUGUCCCAGUGAAAAAGGUUUUCUUGAGAGUUAGCCCAGCCAACUAGCACUUGAGAUGGAUCGCCAUGCCCCUUGUAGGGUUCAAC